UUAACACCAAUAACUCCUCCUCGUCGCAGUUUCUCUAGGUUCACAUCAAGCCACAUGUACAUCGCGACCUGUCGGCUUCCUUACGUGCCAUGUGUACUGUUUUCCCUGUGGAAUGGGAUCAUUUUCUGCGUGAGCGAGCCAAACUUUUCUAGUGGUAGAUACUCAAGAGAGCAGGAGCUCAAGGCAUAGGCAAUCCUUGGAAAACCUAAGCUCUUGUUGUUGAUCGGACAAGUUUAAGAAAGCUAAUAUCAUAUAUUUCAAAUGACGACGGUCGCUUCACGGUUGAUCAAUUCAAGAUCAUCCCUCUCCAGACUAUAUAUAAUAGCUGCAUCUAGGAAUGGGAGGUAUCUGUCAACUGAUUCUAGUAAGGUUGAUGAACCGUUCAAAGUCGAGGAAGCAGAGACAGUAGACAUCCCUCCGCCACCAACGGAGAAUUUGCUUGUGUUGGGUGGAAAUGGAUUUGUUGGCUCUCAUAUUUGCAGAGAAGCUUUGGAUCGUGGUUUAUCGGUUGCUAGCCUUAGCAGGUCUGGUAGGUCUUCAAUACGUGAUUCUUGGGCUAAUGCCAUAACCUGGCAUCAAGGAGAUCUUUUUUCACCUGAUUCAUGGAAGGAAGCUCUUAAUGGGGUUUCUGCCAUUAUUUCCUGUGUUGGUGGUUUUGGCUCAAACUCUCAUAUGUACAAGAUUAACGGAACUGCAAACAUCAAUGCAAUAAGAGCUGCUUCAGAACAAGGUGUAAAAAGAUUUGUUUAUAUCUCUGCUGCCGACUUUGGUUUGGCCAAUUAUUUGCUGCAAGGAUAUUAUGAGGGAAAGAGAGCUGCUGAAACAGAGUUACUGACUAAGUUUCCUUAUGGAGGAGUGAUUCUCAGGCCUGGGUUUAUUUAUGGGACUCGCAGUUUAGGGAGCAUUAAGUUACCUCUAGGCAUGAUUGGUUCUCCAAUGGAGAUGGUUCUUCAACAUGCAAAACCACUUAAGCAGCUUCCACUUGUUGGACCUCUGUUCACUCCACCUGUCAAUGUGAGUGCAGUGGCAAAGGUUGCAGUAAGGGCAGCAAGUGAUCCUGUUUUUCCUCCAGGAAUCAUAGAUGUAUAUGGAAUCUUACGCUAUACCCAGCAAAGGUCAAAAUAGAUUUGUUAGAUUUGCUUUCUUUUGGCACCUUUUCUUUUUGACAAUAUAAAGCCUUGGACAUUAGCCUUUGAAUUUUUUGGUAACCAUUCCCUGGCAGUUAGAAUUUUUAGCUGUUACUGUUAAGACUUCUUUGGGUUUGCAUCUCAGAUGGAAACAAUAAAUGGAGUACACAAUAAUUAGAGGAACGUUGUUCUGGAA